CGUGACGGAGGCUUAGCCCAGAUCAGUGGAAUCAUGCGUCACACAGCUCUAUCAUGCUGGCAGCUGUUCCUGGGUCUGGCUGUGCUGCUUGUCUUCACAAGCCCCGCUGCAGGCUGUCCAGCCCGCUGUGAAUGCUCAGCACAGAACAAGUCUGUCAGCUGUCACCGAAGACGUCUGAUGUCCAUCCCAGAAGGCAUUCCCAUUGAGACCAAAAUCUUGGACCUCAGCAAGAACCGACUGAAAAGUGUUAACCCUGAGGAAUUCACAUCAUACCCGUUGCUGGAGGAGAUUGAUCUCAGCGACAAUAUUGUCUCCAAUGUGGAGCCUGGAGCUUUUAACAAUCUCUUCAACUUGCGCUCCUUGAGGCUGAAAGGAAACCGUCUGAAGCUGGUCCCCCUUGGGGUGUUCACUGGGUUGUCAAACUUAACAAAGCUUGAUAUAAGUGAAAACAAGAUUGUCAUUUUGCUGGACUACAUGUUUCAAGAUCUGCAUAACCUAAAAUCCCUGGAGGUUGGGGACAAUGAUUUGGUGUAUAUAUCACACAGGGCCUUCAGUGGGCUGCUUAGCCUGGAGCAGCUCACCCUGGAGAGAUGCAACCUCACAGCUGUACCAACAGAAGCUCUUUCUCACCUCCACAACCUCAUCAGCCUGCAUUUGAAACAGCUCAACAUUAAUGCUUUGCCAGCAUACGCCUUUAAAAGACUGUUUCGCCUGAAAGACCUGCAGAUAGAGGCCUGGCCCCUCCUGGACCUGCUGCCUGCCAACAGUCUGUAUGGUCUCAACCUGACUUCUCUCUCCAUCACAAACACCAACCUGUCUGCAGUACCUUACUCUGCUCUUAAACAUUUGGUUUACCUGACACAUCUCAACCUCUCUUACAACCCCAUCAGCACCAUCGAGGCAGGCAUGCUGUCGGAUUUAGUGCGCCUGCAGGAGCUCCACAUGGUGGGGGCACAGCUGCGCACCAUUGAACCACAUGCUUUCCAAGGGCUCCGAUUCUUACGCGUGCUUAACGUGUCCCAAAACCUGUUAGAAACCUUAGAAGAGAAUGUAUUCCAUUCCUCCAAAAGCAUUGAGGUCCUCUGCAUUAACAACAAUCCUCUGGCCUGUGACUGUCGUCUUCUUUGGAUUUUGCAGCGGCAGCCCACCUUGCAGUUUGGUGGCGAACCACCAAUGUGUGCUGGCCCAGACAGUGUCAGAGAGAGGUCAUUCAGAGACUUUCACAGCACAGCUCUCUCCUUUUAUUUCACCUGUAAGAAGCCCAAGAUACAAGACAAGAAGUUGCAGUACCUGGUAGUGGAGGAAGGACAGACCGUGCAACUGAUGUGCAAUGCUGACGGGGACCCACAGCCAACCAUUUCCUGGGUUACCCCACGCCGGAGGCUGAUCACAACUAAAUCAAAUGGUAGAGCCACUGUGCUGGGAGAUGGCACCCUGGAGAUCCGAUUUGCCCAAGACCAGGACACUGGGAUCUAUUACUGUAUUGCAAGUAACGCAGCUGGGAAUGAUACCUACUCGGCCUCCCUGACAGUAAAGGGGUUUACUUCAGACCGUUUCCUUUAUGCCAACAGGACCCCUAUGUAUAUGACAGACUCCAACGACACAAGUUCUAAUGGAACUAAUGCAAACAGCUACUCUCUGGACCUCAAGACAAUAUUGGUGUCCACAGCUAUGGGCUGUUUCACGUUCCUUGGAGUGGUUUUAUUUUGUUUCCUUCUUCUUUUUGUGUGGAGCCGAGGGAAAGGCAAACACAAAACCAGCAUUGACCUUGAAUAUGUCCCUCGCAAAAACAAUGGUGCUGUGGUUGAAGGGGAGGUUUCUGGACCACGAAGGUUCAAUAUGAAAAUGAUUUGAUGGUAUUCUGCUAGCAGUGCUUUUUCUGUGGCAUUAAAACCAAUUAAAACAGCCUGGCAUGUGGAAUUGCUAGGCAGAAGCAGCUUAAUGCAGCUGUCAGUGUAUCAAAAGGUUAUAUGAAAAUGGAAAGACUAUUCGUGGUUAUACAACAGAGCCUCCAGACCUUGAGGCAGAUGUGUCAGGGCCUUUCAUAGAACUGGGAAAUUGUACUAACUGUUUGCAUUGCAAAUAUUGGCACUCUGGGGAUAUCAGCAAUGAACCACUGGCUCAUGCUCAUGGACAAUUGUUCAACAUUUUCUACUGCUACAAAAGGAAAAAUUUAAAAAACCCUACAGUGUAGGAUUUACAUAAUUAAAGAAAAAGACACAUUUGUCUAAACCACACUCUACAAUGAAAUUUAUACCCAUCUAUCUCAUUUGGUAAAACUUUGCAUCCUCCCUUCUAGUUACUUCAACACAACAAAAAAAAUUGGUAACUUUUUUUUUUUAAAUCUACAUCUAUACUGUGUACAUUUUGAAGCAAUACAAAUGAUAGGUUGUACUUUUACAUAUCCACCAAUACUGACCCAAGUGUGAUGUCACCCAUCUUUUAACUACCACAAAAACCCAAAUUAGAUCCUCGUAUGUACUAAUUAGAAAUAAGAUAUUUUUCUCCUCAUGUAGAAGGCCAGAGCUGAAUAGUUGAGAGCAAAACCGCUCAACUCUGUCAUCUACUCUUCAUAUAAAUAUAAGGCAUGUGCCUAGUUUUGAUAAAGAACGGAAUAUUUUUUAUAUCUGUGAUAUCACACUGGACCAGUUUACUGUAAUACAGCCCUGGUUCUCACACAGGGAAGGCAACCCACUAGUCAAUGCUGGCAUGGAGGAGUUGAGUUCUACCUUGAAGAGAAAGAAUCAGUUUUUUUAUCCCUUAUAUUAAUUUCAAAGCUAUUGUUAAAAUGUUAAUGUGUACUGGGCUAA